AUGAAUUUGUUCCGCUGUUUCUUCCCCGUCAAAGAGUAUCUUGAAGUGGCUGAAAACAACCGCAACCAUUCGAUCAUUGAUGCAAACGUCAUCAGUUAUCACAUUAUUCCGUAUUUAAAUCAAAAUGACGUUAUCAGAUUUGCUGGAGUUUGUUCAUCAUGGAGAAGUAUUGUCAAGUCCUCUCAACAUGAUACUACUUUUCGACUAGCAUUCGAGUUGUAUGAUUUGUCUAAACAAAAACUACCAAACAAAUUCGGAGAUGUGUUCCUAUUGUUCGACAAAGUGUAUAUCGAGUGCUUCACAGUUACCAAAUCUCAUCUUUACUCUAUAUUUACAUCGACUAAAAUAUCAACAUUGACAUUACGAUAUGUAUCAGCUGUUCAAUUCAUUUCCAAUGCAUCGUUAACAGAACUCAAUGUAACCAAUGAUAAACCAUCUUUGAAUGAGGUAAAAGCUAUCUCAAAACAUUUUCCUUCCCUAAAAUCCUUAAAACUUUGCUACCCUAAUUAUUACAAUGGUGACAAGUUGAUCAAAAUAAUUUUACAAAGUCCGUUAUCAGAAAAACUAGAAUCAUUAACCAUAUCAAGCGAAGGAUUCACAAGUAAGGGUUUCAAUAAUUUAUUUCAGCCCAACGUAUGUCUUUCAAAUUUGAAAGUACUUUCACUUGAAAUCGUGCAUAGGUAUAUUACGGAUACGGAAAUCGUAAGCAUUAACAAUUUCGACUCUUCAAGAUUUCCAAAGUUGCGUAGCCUUGAAUUUGUGAACAUUGACUUGGACAUAAUGAGCUUAAAAAGAAUACUUAAUAGUGGAAUUCAAUUUUAUACUCUAAAAUUAUUCAUAACUGAAAGAAUUGCCUUGUCCUCACAAAAUGGAUCUCAGUUUUCCUUAAUUGACAAAAUUCCAUCACUCCACGAAAUAAUUAUUCAUUUAUCCCCCUUUAAUUGCUUCGAUUCCGAAGCUUCUGAAAGCACUAAACAUCAGAUUACUGAUCAUGUUUUGCAUUAUCUUACUUCCUAUGGUACACAACAUCUAUGUCUGCCAUAUUGCAACAGCAGCCAUAUUGUGGACAUAUGUGACACUAUAGACGAUUUAAAGACUUUUAUAGUGUGUGAUGGAAAUAUUGACACGAAUUCACUUGAAUUGUUUUGUGAUAAAUUUUCAACUCUGACUACUCUCGAUAUACGAGAAUGUAAUAUUGGAUCAAGUGUCAAAUACAUUACUAAAUUGAAACACCUGACCACUUUACACGUUGGUAUUUGGGAUGUUAGUUCUGAAGGAGCAAAAUAUAUAUUUAUGAUGGAAACUCUUACAGAUCUUUCUUUAAUUAAUUACAAAAUUAGUAAUACUGACCUAAAACAUUUUGCAAAAGGAAAAUUAAGAAAUCUAAAGACUCUUCGUUUAACUAGAAGAAUACCCAGUGAUGGUGUAGGUAUUUUUGCUACAACAUGUUUACCGCACGCAUUGAAACUCGAACUCUAUCAAGUAACAGACAAAGCUAUGGAAUUUCUUUCAAAUGGAAAUCUUCGUAUUCAUGAUCUCACAUUAUGUAGGACUAACCUCAACAGCAAUGGCAUUAAAUUUGCACUUCAAAUUAAAUCAAUAGAAAAGCUUAGAAUGCCUACUGAAAACAAAACGAUCCCACAAUCUGAUAAGGAUGAGAUUACAAAGAUGGCCAAAGAAAAACAUGUGAAAUUGUGUAUUAAUUGGAGAUAG